AUGGACUCCCUCGUGACAGCCAAUACCAAGUUUUGCUUGGACCUUUUCAAAGAGCUAAGCAAAGAUGAUAAAGGAGCAAACAUCUUCAUUUGUCCUCUGAGCAUUUCAGCUGCCUUUGGCAUGAUUAGUCUAGGAGCUAAAAGCUCUACUGCAGGUCAGAUCAAUCAAGUGCUACACUUUAAUGAAGUUUCACAAAAUAAAGGCACAGAAUGUGAAGUUUCUUCAAAAGGAGCAAGUCAAGAAGACAAAGGGGAUCAUUACAAUCUAGUGGAUCAGAAAGAGAAGUCAGAACCUCCAAAUUCGCAGGUGAGAUCAUUGGAUGAUGGGAAUAGAGAUUUCAACUUCUACUUUGGGAAGCUUCUCCAGAAGGUGGACAGGAUAAAAUCUGAUUGUACCCUGAGUAUGGCCAAUAGAUUGUAUGGAGAGCAGGAAUUUCCCAUUUUUGCUGAAUAUUCAGAUAAUGUGAUGGAAUUUUACCAUACAACCAUUGAAAGUGUGGAUUUCCAAAAAGACACAGAAAAAUCCAGACAACAAAUUAAUUUCUGGGUUGAAUGUCAAUCCCAAGGUAAAAUCAAGGAACUCUUUGGCAGAGAUAGCAUUUCUGAUUCUACAGUGCUGGUGCUGGUGAAUGCUGUCUACUUCAAGGCCAAAUGGGAAAAAAGUUUUGAUCAUGAAAAGACAGAAGACUCAGUUUUCUGGCUAAACAAGGAUGAGCAGAAAAAUGUGAAGAUGAUGAGACAGCAGAAUACAUUUAGAAUUGGUUACAUAGAAGAAUUAAAUACACAGAUUCUUGAGAUGAACUAUACUAAGGGAAAACUCAGUAUGUUUGUGCUGCUGCCCCCUCUCCCUGCUGAGGACUCCAUUGGACUAGAAGAGCUUGAAAGAAAUAUGACUCAUGAGAAAAUAACAGAAUGGACAAGUCCCAGUAUUAUGUGUGAAGAAAAGGUAGAUGUCUCCUUUCCCCAAUUCACCAUGGAAAGCAACUUGGAUCUGAAUUUUAUUCUCCAAAAAAUGGGGAUCGUAGAUAUCUUUGAUGACGCCAAGGCUGAUCUUAGUGGAAUAUCUCCAAACCCUAACCUGUACUUGUCAAAAGCUAUCCACAAGACAUUUGUGGAGGUUAGUGAGGAUGGUACCGAAGCAGCAGCUGCCACUGGAGCUGUGGUUUCAACAAAGUCUGCAUCACCUUAUGUGCCAUUUGAUGCCAAUCACCCAUUUCUGUUUUUCAUCAAAGACAACAAAACAAACACCAUCCUUUUCUAUGGCAAAGUCUGCUCUCCUUGA